UAUGAGGUUGAUGAGCUGCGCCGAAAGAAAGAGAUCACAGUGAGAGGGGGUGAUGUUUGCCCUAAGCCUGUAUUUGCUUUCCAUCAUGCUAACUUCCCACAGUAUGUAAUGGAUGUUCUGAUGGAUCAGCAUUUUACAGAACCAACUCCGAUUCAGUGCCAGGGUUUCCCCUUGGCUCUGAGCGGCCGGGAUAUGGUAGGCAUCGCUCAGACUGGCUCUGGGAAGACAUUGGCGUAUUUGCUGCCUGCAAUCGUUCAUAUUAACCACCAGCCAUAUUUGGAAAGGGGAGAUGGCCCAAUUUGUCUGGUUCUGGCUCCCACCCGAGAGCUUGCCCAGCAAGUGCAGCAGGUGGCUGAUGACUAUGGCAAGUGUUCUCGGUUGAAGAGCACUUGCAUUUACGGAGGUGCUCCUAAAGGUCCCCAGAUUCGGGACCUGGAGAGAGGGGUUGAGAUCUGCAUAGCCACCCCUGGGCGCCUCAUUGAUUUCCUGGAAUCCGGAAAGACAAAUCUUCGCCGUUGUACUUACCUUGUGCUGGAUGAGGCCGACAGAAUGCUUGAUAUGGGCUUUGAACCCCAGAUCCGGAAAAUUGUUGACCAAAUCAGGCCUGAUAGGCAGACUUUGAUGUGGAGUGCCACCUGGCCCAAAGAAGUUAGACAGCUCGCUGAGGAUUUCCUCCGGGAUUACACCCAGAUCAACGUGGGUAAUCUGGAGCUGAGUGCCAACCACAACAUCCUCCAGAUUGUGGAUGUCUGCAUGGAAAGUGAAAAAGACCACAAAUUGAUCCAGCUCAUGGAGGAAAUAAUGGCUGAGAAGGAAAAUAAGACCAUUAUAUUUGUAGAGACAAAGAGACGCUGUGAUGACCUCACUCGAAGGAUGCGAAGAGAUGGUUGGCCAGCUAUGUGUAUCCAUGGAGACAAGAGUCAACCAGAAAGAGACUGGGUACUCAAUGAGUUCCGUUCCGGAAAGGCUCCCAUCCUCAUUGCCACGGACGUCGCCUCCCGAGGGCUAGAUGUGGAAGAUGUCAAGUUUGUGAUCAACUAUGACUAUCCAAACAGCUCUGAAGAUUACGUGCACCGCAUUGGCCGAACAGCCCGGAGCACUAACAAAGGCACGGCCUAUACCUUCUUUACACCGGGGAACCUGAAGCAGGCCAGGGAGCUGAUCAAGGUGCUGGAAGAGGCCAAUCAGGCUAUUAAUCCCAAACUGAUGCAGCUGGUGGACCAUCGUGGAGGCGGCGGCGGAGGGGGUAAGGGAGGCCGUUCUCGAUACCGGACCGCUUCUUCAGCUAACAAUCCCAACCUGAUGUAUCAGGAUGAGUGUGACCGGAGGCUUCGAGGAGUCAAGGAUAGUGGUCGGAGAGACUCUACAAGUUACCGGGAUCGAAGUGAAACCGAUCGGGCUGGUUAUGCUAAUGGCAGUAGUUAUGGGAGUCCGAAUUCCACCUUUGGAGCACAAGCUGGCCAAUAUACCUAUGGUCAAGGCACCUACGGGGCGGCUGCCUAUGGCACCACUGGCUAUACUACGGCUCAGGAAUAUGGCGCUGGCACCUAUGGGGCUGCCGCCGCAGCCGCAGCCGCAGUCGCUGCUGCCGCCACCACAGGGAGAAGUACCCAGAGCUCAAGCCAGCAGUUUAGUGGGAUUGGCCGCACUGGGCAGCAGCCACAGCCGCUGAUGUCACAACAGUUUGCACAGCCUCCAGGAGCUACCAGUAUGAUAGGUUACAUGGGGCAGACCGCCUACCAAUACCCCCCUCCUCCUCCUCCCCCUCCUCCCUCACGUAAAUGAAGCCACUCACAGGGUGUGAAGGGGGCAUACUUGCAAAGUUAAAGGAACGCUGUCUUUACCUCUCCCUCCCCCCUUCCCAUCUCUCCCCCUUUAUCUUUUUUCUGUUCCCACCAUUGUGAGUGGUCUUUCCUGCAGAUUAGUUAGAAUUCACUGCCAGGUAUCUUCUGCCCGCUAAGACCAUCCAGUCCGUGCUAACAGAUUUUGUAAAAGAAAGAUAUAUAUAUAGCUGGCUGGAAGAGAUGGCCUUUUCCCAGCUUUUUGCAUGUUGAGGAUAUUUGAGCAGAUAUUUUUCAUUUUAAAAGAAAAAAGAUGUUAGUCCCUUUUGUGGGAGCCCAGUUUUUGUUGUCUGGAGGGUGGGAUAGGGUGAUGGACUGGUUUGAUCCAUUGAAGAUUAUGGCAUCUGGGCUUUCUGUCACUCCAACUGCUGCGUUAGAAGAGCAAGAGAGGUGUCCUGCCCUCAUUUCCCACAAUGCCAUCUCCUUCUAUUGGGAGCUGGUGCCUCAAGCCAGACGACUUUGAAGACGGUGCUUCGUCUUUGUCCUUUGCGCUGAUGGCUUCUACCAUUCAUUCAGCAGUUUUUAAAUUCCUGAUUUGUCUCCUUUACUCUCCUCCUCUACCCAAUUUACUUGAAAAAGAUCUCUUUUAGUGUCAGGUUAGAAAUGGAAUUGUUGGUUCCAAGGUUUUAAGUGUGUUUUGCUUUUUUAAUUAAAAACCACAAGUGUUUACUGCAGUGGUCAAGCUUGCAUUCAGCCUCUGGGUGGGAGCUCCCUAGUCUCCUCCCCUCACAUAUAGCCAGGGACCAUCUAUGAAGUGCAUUGGCCAGCCAGACAGUUGCUGGGAGCAGGGAUGCUCAGCUCACCGGAAGCUUGCAUCACUAACCGCUUGUCCGUGCAUUCAUUGGCAGUGUAAAAGCACCUUUAACAAUAAACCAGGCACUCAGAGUGGGCAGGUUUUUCUUUCUAAUCUCAGUAUUUGUCAAGCUAGAGUGAAAGCAAGUCUUUAUCAGCUACUCAGCCCUUUGGCGUUGUUAACCUUGACCAAGGACUCACCAGGGUUUGGGAACUCGCUUCUCUUCAUACCCUCCUCCUCUGCUGUGCUAAUAGCCACUGGAUGCAAACUGUGCUCAGCAUCCUUGUGCACUCGGCUUUUUGCAGGUAGGUAGAGCUUCAGAGAGUUAGUGCCUAAGGUUAAGAGUUGCUUCACUUUACCUCCACCGGAAGGUAGGUGGAUUUGUCCCCCACUCUGUAGUCAUCCUCCUUUCUUGGGCACGCAGUUUUAUUUCUGCUCUUGUGUUCACCGUAACAGGACCGCGAGGGCAGACAGGCCCCGUGAGAGAACUACUGGUUUGGGUUUGGGUCUUUGUUUUCCUUUUUUCUCAGUGUUUCCCACAGUGUAGUCACAAGGAGGAUGCUCCACUGUGUGGCUCAGCUGCGGCCUAAGAGUGCCGGUUUAUAAGCUCAAAACUUCCCUAAAUAGUGGCGGGGUUUUUUGUUUUUCUCUCCCCCCUUUUAAAAUUCUUUAGGGAGAAAGGGGAUGGUUUCUGAGGGUUCUGAGCAUUGGCUGAAUGGCCAGCUUACAGGUAGGUUGUAACGUGCAUGGAAGAGCUUGGACACCAGCCCCUGACUCCCUCCCUCCAUGUUGUCUCCCCCUCCUCUGGAGGACGGUAGGCACAGGGAGAAUGGGACAAAAUGCCGUGCUUUCAAACCAAAGCUGCAAACUCCCAGCCCUGCCCCAAAUUAAUUUGUAGAUCUUAAGCACUGACCCGUCCAUUAAUGGACAUUUCUCUCCAAUCAAAAUGUUACCUACCCAGAGGUCCUACAGGUGCCACCAGGUGGGCACGCUACCCCCCUUGCAACAGCUCUUAAAAGCAACCAUUAGGGAAGAAUGAUCUUUGGGCAAGCAAGUGCUAUUUGCACUCCCCUUUUACGACCAAGGACAUUGUCCUAAAAUCAGAAUGACAGCCAGUUGCUAGUAUUGUGGCCCGAGCAGUGAAACCUAGCAGAGUCCUCUCGUGUCACUGUGCCCUCUGUGCAAAUGGCGAAGCCCUGGUGGGGGUUGGCUGAGCUGUGAGGACUUCUCAUCUGAAAGGUUGGUGGCUUUUCUGGGGAUCAGUGCGUGCUCCUUGUCCUUGCUGGUCUCUGAACACAUUCCGGUUGCAUUGAGACUUGAAUUGGAAGAUCGCUAGAUUGUGUUAUUCAGGCGCAGGAUGCUAAGAGCUAUGUUACUAUUCUUAGUUUGUAAAUUGUCCUUUUGAUACCAUCUUGUUUUCUUUUGUAGGUAUAAAUAAAAACAGUUGACAAUAA